UGUAUAGCACAUUUCUACGUUGUGGUUAAAGUACGUUCACGUCACAAUGGCAAGUCGAAAAACUUCGCACCAAAUCCCGGACGCUGAAGACAAAUAUUCAGUGCUAUUACCUACCUACAACGAAAGGGAAAACUUACCUUUGAUUGUGUGGCUUUUGGUGAAAUACUUCGAUGAAAGUGGAUAUAACUACGAGAUCAUUGUCAUUGACGAUGGAAGCCCAGACGGGACACUGGAGGUGGGAAAGCAGUUGCAGAAGAUUUAUGGAGAGGAUAAAAUACUUCUGAGACCAAGAGCGAAAAAAUUAGGCCUAGGCACCGCUUACAUCCACGGUAUGAAGCAUGCCACUGGGAACUUCAUCUUCAUCAUGGAUGCAGAUCUUUCCCACCAUCCCAAAUUUAUCCCAGAAUUUAUUGAAAAGCAGAAGGCAGGCAAUUACGACCUGGUGUCCGGUACUCGAUACAAAGGGAACGGAGGCGUGUACGGCUGGGAUCUGCGAAGGAAACUCAUCAGUCGGGGGGCCAACUUUUUGACUCAAGUGUUGCUGAGACCUGGUGCUUCAGACCUUACAGGCAGCUUCAGGCUGUACAAGAAGAAGGUGUUGGAGAAUCUGGUCGAGCGGUGCGUGUCCAAAGGAUAUGUCUUUCAGAUGGAGAUGAUCGUCCGUGCCAGACAGCUCAACUACACAAUUGGAGAAGUACCCAUUUCCUUUGUGGAUCGAGUUUAUGGAGAGUCCAAACUUGGAGGGAACGAGGUUGUGUCAUUCGUGAAAGGACUGCUCACGCUCUUCGCCACAACAUGAUCAGUGAUAUACUCAAUUUGGAUGUCCCGUGGUCAUUUAGUAUGCCUUUUGCUCGUAAAGUCGCCGUCUUUAACAGUGCUUCUAACAGAAUUUUAGCGGUGGGGGGAGCUCCACUCGCCUCUGGUCAGACAGCGACAUGAUGGCAAAUGACAAGGGAGACAUCUCCCUCUUGUUAGCCGUAAAUAUAAAACAGUUCCCUGUCAGCAGCUGUCCUGAAUACUGAAGGAACAUAGUGCGUUACAUUCCCAUCAUCCUCUGUAAUGAAUUUUGAGCGAAGCACAGUGUUUCAUCAUUCCCAGUCCAGACAGCUGACUGAACUCUGCAUUAAACACAUUUCAGAUGGGUUUAAGAAUGUGUUUAGCUACUACACCUGUGAUUGUUUGUAUAAAAUUAAACACUUUCUAUUGUUG